CUUACCCUACCUCCUCGGUCGCGCCCCCAUGGCGCAGCAGUGCGACAGAACGGAAAAGAAAGUUCGUAAACAGCUCGGAGCUAGAGCUAUCCGUUUCCGGAGCCGCUCUGGAUCUGCGGGGAACCGGCCAUUGUGCCAUGCAAGGAGGCUUCUUUGAGGCGGGGACGGCCUCCCAACCGGCACCAGAUGAUCAGAUGAUUAUAGCCACGACGAUUUGAGGCGCAGGGGAGGUAACCGCCGCCGCCCAGCAAAGCGUGCUGGUCAAGAGAUCCAUUUGUCAUGGAUCUUUUUACAGAUGGUCUGGACAUGCCAGCACUGCUCCAUGAGUUGGACAGGUGAUGCUAAACUUGAAAAUAACAGGAACAUGCCAACAAAUGUUGCACGAGGGUUGAGAGAAGGUGCAACUAUAGGAUACUGAAAAAAAACUGGUACUAGUUGAUUGUUGGAAGAUAACAGAUGGAUGCCGGUACUACCUCAUAAGGAUUGAGAUGCAGGUGCAACUGUCAGUAGUUGAGGAUCAAAUAACAGCUGUUUGAAGGUGAAAUCAGCUGGUCACUCAACAAAUACAUAUCUUUUACAUGUCAGCUUUCAUUUACUUCCGUUUUUGGCUUGCCAACCUGGAUCUUCGGUAUACCUGCUCGUGCAUAUGACUUGCAACCAAUUGCUUGAGACAACACAUGCUGUUAGGGUCAGUUAUUGGUGUUUGCUGCACUGAACUGAACCGAUGAUUAUGCUGCAGCGUUGGGGUUUCUCCAUUAUUGAGAUUUGAGAAUAGAGGGGAGAUGGUGGCUGGGGCGACUUGCCACAUGCAUCACACUUCCUGACUAUAAAUAGAGUGCAUCACAAGGGCUGAGCACAAACAAAACAGAGCCUCCUUUCUCUUCCAUUCCAUACAGAAAACAGAAGUACCACAUCACACCAUCCACUAAAGCCUACAGAUAUGGCUUGCCAUCAAAGGUCCACGAGUUUGCCUUCUUUUCCUUACUCCACUGAACUCAAUGUGCAGUUGGAGCUGCAGAUCCUGAAAGCGCACAUCUCUUCACCUUCCGCAACCAUUGGCACAGCGUGCGAUGGCUUGAGGAGGCUUGGCGAUGUCUACGGAUGCAUAGAGGAGAUGAUGUGCUUGCCCAGCAGCCAAGCCUUGACCCGUCAAAGGAAGAUGGUGGAGGAAGAACUGGAGAAGUCCCUUGUGCUGAUUGAUCUCUGCAACGCCACGCAAGAGAGCUUGGCAGAGCUGAAGACAAGUGUCCAGGAGCUGCGUCUGGUUCUCAAGAGGAGAGACAAUGCGGCAGCUCAGCUUAAGAUCGAGUCGUUUGUUCGUCUGGCGAAGAAGGCACAGAAGCCUGUGAAGAAGACGACCAGCAAAGCUACCGCUGAAGGUUGCAGUUGCAGACUGGUCAAGCUGCUGGCUGAAGGCAGAGAGACAGCCGUGUCUCUGCUUGAAUCCACAUCGUUGCUCUUGCCGAAGCAAAUUGGCAGCCCCAUUGCCAGCAAAUGGUCUCUCGUCUCCAUGAAGUUCCAGAAAACGAAGGUUUUUUGUGAGGAGCGGCAAUUGCAGGCGCUUGAACGCAGCAUAGGAGAUCUUGAAGAUGGGGUUGAGUUUCUUUUCAGGAGGUUGAUUCAAAGCAGGGUUGCUGUUCUGAACAUUCUUAGCUCAUAAAUACUUCUGAUGAUACAAAAGUCACCAAUUUGAUUGUACAUGAGCUCAAGCGUAUAUAAAAUCGAUUGAUUAGAGACAGUUUUGAUCAUAUAUGUUUGUUGUAUCAUAUCAAUACAUCAUGCAAGAAAGGAUGAUCCUGGGAUCUCA